UGCUGCCUAGCCUAGGACUUAGCUUUCGCCGUGCCACACUGCUCUUCGCGGGCUCCGCCUCGGUCGAAAGCCCGAGCGCGAUCGGGGGCCGCCGCGCGCUGCUGUAGCGUAGAUUGGGAGGAAGGGGGGAGCAAGCGGGCGGUAGGAGCCGAGGCGGCAUGGAGGCAUCCGCCGCGGCGGAGCUGGAGGCCGCGGAGAGGGUGGUCAUGCGGUGGGGCUCCACGGCGGCGUCCCCGGGCGGCGGGGCCGGGGACGAGCAUGCGAUGCUGUUCGGCGGCGCCGGCGACCGCGUGGAGGCGGAGCGGUUCCUCCAGGCGGUGGACGACAUUCGCCGCCUGGCGCCGCCGUCGGCGGCGGGCUACGCCUGCGCCUCGGUCCAGGUGGCGAUGGCGCGGCUCGAGGACGAGCUCCGCCACGUGCUCGCGGCGCGCGCGCUCGACCUCGAGAUCGAGGCGCUUGCUGGCCUCAGCUCGCUCACCCCGUCCGGCGGCCGGCGGAACUCCGAUGCCACGCGGGCGGCGGCGGAGGAGGACGACGACGACGACGGCAGCGGCUCCGUGUCGUCCUCCGUCGGCCGCCGCCGCACCUACCGCUCACUGCUGAGCAUCCGCGAGGUCGACCUGUACCCCGCGGACGCCAUCUCCGACCUCCACGCCAUCGUCUCCUGCAUGUCCGAGGCGGGGUACGGCCGCGAGUGCGUCCAGGUGUAUGCCUCCGUCCGCAAGCCGGCCGUCGACUCCGCCCUCCGCCGCCUCGGCGUCGAGAAGCUCAGCAUCGGCGACGUCCAGCAGCUCGAGGGGGACGCCCUCGAGGCGAAGGUCCGCCGCUGGAUCCGCGCCGCCCGCGCCGCCGUCCCCGUCUUCGCCAGCGAGCGCCGCCUCUGCUUCAACAUCUUCCGCGACCUCCCGCUGUGCGAUUCCGCCGCCGCCGCCACCGCCACCGCGGCUGUCGCCACCCACGACGCGCCUUUCACCGAGGCCGUCAAGGGCGCGGCGCUGCAGCUCUUCGGCUUCGCCGAGGCCAUCAGCAUCGGGCGCCGCUCCCCCGAGAAGCUGUUCAAGAUCAUCGACCUGCACGACGCGCUCUCCGACAUGUUGCCUGACAUCUCUGACAUCUUUGCGGCCUCCAAGGCCGCCAAGUCCAUAUACGUGCAGGCUGCCGAGAUCAGGUCGCCGCUGGCCGACGCCGUGCGCGGGAUACUCUCCGAGUUCGAGAACGCCGUGCUCCGCGACCCCUCCAAGACUCCGGUGCCGGGCGGCACCAUCCACCCGCUCACUCGCUACGUGAUGAACUACAGCAGCCUCAUCUCGGACUACAAGACCACGCUCUCCGAGCUCAUCAUCUCGCGACCAUCAGCUACCUCCCGAAUUUUCGCUGAGGGCAAUGAGGCCGCACCGGCCUUCCCCGAUCUCGACCUGCCCGACCCUGACAGUCAGCUGCCCCUUGCCGCUCACCUCGUCUGGAUCAUUGCUGUUCUUGAGCACAACCUUGAGAGCAAGGCGUUACUCUACAAGGAUGCAGCACUGUACCACUUGUUCCUCAUGAACAACGUGCAUUACAUCGUGCACAAGGUGAAGGAUUCAGCUGAGCUCCGGGGGCUGAUUGGGGAUGAGUACUUGAAGCGGCUCACGGGGAAGUUCCGGCUGGCAGCCACAAGCUACCAGCGAAUCGCAUGGCUGAAGAUUCUGAACUGUCUCAGAGAUGAGGGCCUCCAUGCCAGUGGUGGCUUCUCGUCCGGGGUAUCGAAAUCUGCACUGCGGGAGCGAUUCAAGGCUUUCAAUAGCGCAUUCGAGGCGGCACACAAGAUCGAGUCCGCCUGGUAUGUGCCGGACACACAGCUGAGAGAAGAGCUUAGGAUCUCGAUUUCGGAGAAGCUGCUCCCAGCGUAUCGUUCCUUCCUUGGCAGGUUCCGCCAUCACAUAGAGAAUGGCAGGCACCCAGAGAUGUACAUCAAGUAUUCGGUUGAGGAUCUUGAGAUAGCAAUGGAAGAUUUCUUCGAGGGGGCUCCAUCAUCGCCGCAUAACCGGAGGAGAUCUCAUGGAUGAAAGCGAUGGCUUCAAAAGGCUGGGUGUUCGUGCCUUGUAUUCUUUAAUUCUUUUGGGGGAAGGCCAACAGGUGCAGUCGGGUCUUCUGUUUUGUUCUUCUGAGACUCAAGGCUAUAGUUGGUGGUGAUGAUUUCUUCGAUUAGAGGUAAUCUGAAGCGGGAUCAGGAUCUUGACAAAGCUGCCAAAAGUCCCGUUUCUUCUUCCACUGUAAGCGAGCUGCUUGUUCAUUUGUUACAAUAUGCUCUUUCAUUUUUUUUUUGCGAGGAGCAUGUUCAUAUAGGAAUGUUCUUUCAGUCAUGUAACAUAGUUGUAACCUGUAACUUAAUUGUUUGACAUGUACAGUA